GUUUUGGUUUUGAUUUUACGCUGUAUUUUCACUUUCGGUUGACAUUUCCGAGUACAGUACGCUCAGUGCUACUUUACAUUUAUUGGUGUGUGUCACUGUGUUUGUGUACAUCCACCCACAAUAUCGGAGAUGGCAACAGACACAAGAAUUCCUACUGUUGCUGCAGAAGAAAUUGAUCUGUCCACUGUUCGUGUUGUCGUCAUUAUACCGGAACUAACCGUGAAAAGCCCAUUAUUUGGAGCCAAAGAACCCAGCAAAAACUGCACAGUGGAAAUCACACCAGAGACAAGGAGUUUACAAGUCUCUGUUGAUAUUAAAGAAAAAGAUGGCAAAGUGAUCAAAUAUGCCUAUAAAGCUAACAAACUGCCUGGGGACAUCGACACGAACUGUAAAACUGAGUACAAGAAGGGGCAGGUGAUUUUAAUUCUGAAAAAGAAGGAGGAGUAUUCCUGGGCAGUACAGCUUUCCAAAUCUGGGCUGGAUCAGGAACCGGACACCUAAACACACUGUGUUUGUGUGUGUGGGAGGGGGGGGGGAUUAAAACUAGCUAAUGGAUGGAAAUCCUUUUUUAUGAUGCAUGUAUGUGCUAAUAAUCAAUCUUGGUGUUUUUACCAAUCUUUAAUUUUAUGGAAGAUUAAAAACUCUAUAUAUCAAAUGACAUGCUCAAAUGAAAUUCAUGUGUCUUUACUAUAAUGCCUUUUCAUUAAGUAGAUUGACAAUUUUUAUAAAUAAUCUUCUUUCAUUGUUGACAGAUAAUGUAAAGUGCUUGUACAUUGUGUAAAUUUACACCCAUGUGUAGUGGAAUGGUAGACAUGGUGUAGUUAAUGAGUUAUAGGUUGUAAUUAAGUUUAGAUGUACACAGCAUUAUAAAGGAAUAGCUGAAGUAGGAUUCAACUUCUCUAUCACUUUCUGUUUUGAUUCUAUUACUUUCUGUUUUGAUUCUAUUACUUUCUGUUUUGAUUCUAUUACUUUCUGUUUUAAUACAACAGCAUUUUUUAAUAGAUUAUUAAACAUAUCUUGUAUAUUAGUUAAAAAGCUGCCUAUGUAAUUUAAACAUCACAUGGUUGUGCUGAGUUUGUGCAAUAGACUUUAAUAACUCUAUUAUUUAUACCUAAAUAUUUUGACUUGGUUAACUAUUUAGAUCUGUAAUUUUUUUUAUACAUAUUUUCCAUGGUGUCUGUUGAUUUAAAAAAAAAAUAAAUGUAGAAUUUGUA